UUAGCUUUUGCUGUUGGCUCAUUCGAAUGGCUGGGCUGUUUCGAUGGUCGCACCGCACAGCAGUCUGGUCGUCCAUUACUGUGUAGCCAGUAGUCACUCCAGUGGCUUGCGACUCGCCGACUCGCCAGUUCGACACCGAAUGUACGCGCUCCGCUGUCUGCGUUACUCAACCACCAAAAGGCGACCACAAAGACAGUCAGUCAUCAGCACGACGCAGCAGUCGAGUACAACUCCAGCAAAACGUAAAAAACACCCGUUCGCUGUGAGUCUUCACGGCACGAUACGUCACCGUGUGCGCCGUUCACACAGAUACAGAUUGCUAGCCAGCCAGGCAGAUACAGCACGGUACGGCAGACACGGUAACGAAGCGUUGUUCGCAUUGUGGCGUGAUGGCGAGGUUCGAAACGAUUUACCGUCGCUAAAACGCAAUCGCUCAAUGGUGUUUCGAAAAAAUAAAUUUCAUAUAGAUUCUGAUCCAAUUUUGUUUGUGAAUAAACUACGUUAUAUACGUGAUGUGAGAACUUAAUCAACAAAAACAAAAAAAAAAAAAUUAUAAGAAGCAGAGAAUAAAGUGAAAAUCAAUCUCAAAGUACAUUGAAAAGAAUCUUAUACAGAAAUAUAUGUAUGGCUGAUUUAAAAAUAAAGAUUAACUGCUGAUAUUUGAUUCGAAAGUCUCUGUGUUUUGAUUUAAUUAUUUUGCAAAAAUAAAAAAUUUCAUUUUUUUAUUAAAGAAAAUAAAAUUAAUUAAAGUAAAAAGUAAUGGUAUCUCUCUAAACUGGCAACUAACUGGCUAGUGAUAAAACGAAUGCAGAAAAUUGUUCACACCGAAUUACCGAUUCAUCAUUGAUUAAGUGUUUGAAAAAAGUGCAAACCAACAUAGCAGCUCCACAGUGGAAUUCCAUAUUCUAAUAUAGUCCGACGUUGGAGCAACACAGAGAGCACGGAUUCCUUGAACAGAUUCUAUCAGCAGUGCAACAGAAUCUUGGCAUUCGUUGGCUGUGAAAGGCGGCCGAUUCGCCAUGCCGCAUCCGUGCGCUUCGGUGUAUACGACUUGCAUAUUCAGCGACUGUUCCUGUACAAGCAACGACCUAGCUUAUAACGGCGAGUGUGUUGUUCUAGUCUCAACUACAACUGCUAAUACGCUAAUCUGCGCAAAACGGCGACUUAAUGAAUAUUAAUCAGGAAAAUUGCAACAACGGAUUCCAGCAGCGACCUCCAGAACACCAAUAUCCGCCAGCACAACACUACUCGCACUCACUACAGCCGACGCUGCAUCAGUCGGUAUCUGCAGCUGCCGCUGCCGCCAUCGCCACCGGACCGCACUCUCUCUCGACCAACGUGCAGCUGCAAGACCUCGAGCUUGAAUAUUUGAAGAAAGCGCACGCUCACGCUCAGGCGCAUGCGCAAGCACAGGCCGCCGCACUGGUUUACAGCUACGAACGACAGCAACUACAACAACAUCAACUGCAACAACAACAGCAAGCGCUUAGACGACGUUCAAGUGCCGAUCACGAGUUUCCCAUCAAACGGAACACCCAUCAUCAGCAUAAUUUGGCAAUAACGACCUCAGCUCCUAUGGUUAUGUCACCGAGUCGCCGUCCGUCGCCGCCACGUGCAGUUGCGCAUCCCAUGAAUAUACACAUGAGUUCUUUGGCGCAUGCGCAGAUGCAACUUCAGUCCCAGUUGCAUCAGAAGUUUUCGGCGGCAGUAGCCGGUGGCAACAAUCUGACGCCGACAAAUCAUUUGACGAGUUACUUUCGAAACCAGGCUUCCCCAGCUUGUGGCCUACCGCCCUUGCCACCUCCCCCACCAACUUCCACCGCUAGCACAGCAAACACGCAGCCGCAACACUCACCAUCAAGUUCUGCCAACGCGAGUGGGAGUAGUCCUGGCGGCAACCUUCAGCAGCCGAUUAAUUCGAAGUCGUCACACAAUCAGCAUAACCCGCUGAGCCACUUGCAGAGUAUGCAACCAUUCGACUUUCGCAAGAUCAGUUCGGCAGCUUUUGGAGCAUUGCCGUCGCUGCCACCAACACGCAUGAGCCCCAAUGAGAUUGCGCAUCAUCAACAUUUGCAACAGCAAGCAGCUCAACAAGCCGCCAUGUUAGCACAAGCGCGUCGACGCAUUAACGAAGCUACCACUCCAUCGGAGAAGAACGCCGCCGUCGCUGCGGCCGCUGCUGCAGCGGCCCAAAGUAAUCAGUUCUUCAAUGCGAUGGCUAUAUCGGGACAUCCGUUGCCUUUUCCUUUGCCUCCACCGCCUACGCAUGGACCACCGGGCACAUCCCCGUCGAAUGUGCCGACGGCAUCUAGCUUACCACCGGGGUUAACUAGUAAUCAAGUGGCAGCUAUAGCUGCAGCGGCAGCAGCUUCUGGCAACCCAAUGCCUCACAGUCUUCUGGCAUCACAUUUCCCCACCAUCAACCCUGUCCUCAACAUGGGUAAGCCCCCAUCCACGCGCUCCAAGUCUCCAGAAACUGACGAAACAAAUCGCACACUGCACCGGUCAGACAGCGGAAAUAUGGCUCAUCUACGGGACGGUGGCGGUUCGGCACAGGCGCAACAUCCAAACUCUAAUCGUCAUCAUCAUCAUCGUCCCGUAUCGCCACCCAUUUCCAUAGGCUCUACGGCCAUUUCUAGUUCAUACCAAAGUCAACAUCAUGAAGGGCGUCAAUCGCGUUCAAGCCAAAUGGAACACUCGUCCUCUCACACCUCACAGCGACUUACACGAUUUUCUGCCAGUUCUAGCCUUCGGUCCGUCCGUAAAUCUCAUUCACCGGGCAAACGUCAAUGGGGCACAUUGCCCGCUAAUUUGGGAACACAGUUCAUCAAUCCAGUUACCGGCAAGAAACGAGUGCAAUGCAAUGUCUGUUUAAAGACUUUCUGCGACAAGGGCGCGCUGAAGAUACACUUUUCGGCAGUACACUUGCGAGAAAUGCACAAAUGCACCGUUGACGGGUGUAGUAUGAUGUUUAGUUCUCGUCGGUCUAGGAAUCGUCACAGCGCUAAUCCGAACCCGAAGCUACAUUCUCCUCACCUUAGGCGCAAAAUAUCACCACACGAUGGACGUACGGCCCAGCCGCAUCCCCUACUUUUGCAACCACCCAAUGGACUAAUGGCUGGUCUCAAUCCAUUCGGCACUUUUCCCUUACUGACGCCACCGCCCGAUAUGAGACACCAUCAUAUGGCCAGCAUGCACGACAUGAAGCACAGUUCAGCCGAAUUGAUGCAUCGCUCUUAUAUGGACAAUGCCAUGUUGGGACAGUACAAUACACGAUCUCGUCACCGCCAAGACAGCGAAAGUCAUUUAGAAGAUGACGAGGACGACAGUAUUUUGGAUGGUGGCAUUCACAUAGGAGAUGAUGACGACGACGAUGAUGAUGACGACGACGGCGAGGGUAUAGUGGUGGUGGGCGAUGAAGCCGAUAGUAUUUUAGAGAAAACGAACUCAGAGGACUACAACACUGAUGGCGAUGGGGACGAAGCUACCGACAUUGGCGACAAUAGUCACGAUAUGGAUCUCACCACAUCUACACCAACAACGACUGACUAUAAGCAUACCAAAGAAUCAUCUUCCAACAAAGAACAAAGCGGUGACUGUGGCAUGGUCGUUGAGUUAGGUGUAACAGAUCAACACAGCAGCGAGAGUAACGAUGACUCUUUGAGUGUUGCCGAUUCCUUCAGUAUGCGCGGUGAUUUCGAAAAUUACACAUUUCCGGGCAUAGGCAGUGGAGGCAGUAACAGUACCGCAAACACACCAAGCUCAACGUCAAAUAAGCGAAAACGUAAAAGUCAGAACCCAGUUCGAUGUACAGUGCAAUCUGAUGAAAACUCCUGUGAUAACUCCACUGAAUUCGACGUAGCCGCCGAUUUAUCACUGAAAAUAUCCUCACCAAAACCAUCUUCCGAGAAUAAGGAAACGAAGGCUGAUGAUUCCCAAGAAACCACAUCUUUAGAUUUAUCAAAACGAACUCGAAAAUCUCAAAACCCAGAACCACCAGCGGCUAACUCAAAUACAAGUGAAAGUGCGAAAGUACUUCCAUCACCACCGCUAACACCGUCAACAUCGGUUAGUGAGCCCACGGCAUCAGCACGCCCACAUUUAUCCAAUUCCCAGCUGAAAUCGGAGCCAAUCGACGAAGAUUACGAGCAACAACUAGAUAUUCAGAGUGGAUCCAACACAACUGCAGCACAAGAACAAGAGCACUCAUUGGAUUUAUCCUCCAGCAAUAAGCGAAAUUCGAAAUAUUUGACGAAUCCACUAGUUUCGAAUACCAAGCCUUCAGAUGAAAAUGAGAAACCGAUUACCUCGAUUAAGCAGGAACGCAUAGAAGAAGAGCAUCCAAUAACAGCGCCAAGUGAAAAUUCGAAUCGAAAUGAACAUUGUUUAGUGAGGGUAAAAAGUGAGCUCGUCGAAGAGGAGUGCAAAUUGGACAUAUCAACCACAGAAGAAGCAUGUCAAAUCAAAAACAAUAAUAAUAAUGUCAAACCAACAGGUGCUGACACCCAGUGCAGGGAGAAGUUCGACAGCCCAGCUGUGCCUACUGAUCCCCUGCAACAGCAAUCGAACCAAGAAACUAAUGGAGAAAUUUUGUCAGAAGAAACCGAAGUACCAAUCGACAAAGACAACCCACUCAAGUGCACGGCGUGCGGUGAGGUAUUCCAAAACCACUUCCAUUUGAAAACACAUUAUCAAAAUGUUCAUCUGAAAUUGCACCACAAAUGCAACAUCGACGGCUGCAACGCUGCUUUCCCUUCGAAACGGAGCCGAGACCGCCACAGUUCCAAUUUGAACUUACACCGAAAAUUGCUGUCGACGGGCGACAACCACCACCACGACUCUCUACCCGAGCAUAUGGCAACGAAUAAUAAUAAGGGCUUCGACACCGCCAACAACCCAAAUUGUAGCGUACCCAAUUCUAUACAAGCUGAAUUUUUGGCUCGUCUAUAUGCUGGCUCACACGGCUUACCUCCACUGAACUUCGAUGCUCUGAAACAACAUUUGCCGACGCAAAUUACACACGCACAAAACUUCCCAGAGACAGCAUUUAUGACAGACCCGCGACUAUUGCUCAAUCAUCCAAGUAAUCCAUUGCUCUUCCCUGGCCUAACCGGGCUUCCAGGAUUCCCCCACUUGGCACCUCAUCUACUGGCCGCGCCAUUCAAUGGCCUCAAUCCGUUCUGUCGACGGCCCUCAUCCGAGUCGCACUCACCACACUCCACGCCACCACCUUCAACUACGGCGCGUUCACCACACUGCUCCCCGCAUAGCGGCGGGCCACAACCACCGAAAACCUUGUCGGAACGGUCCUACCAAAGUUCACCGACAGACUGCGACGCCAGCGCAGGUUCACCGAGCGCCCCCGAAAGAGGCCUUGCGAAAGCGUCGGGUGCAGGUACGACACAUUUGCACCCACCCCCUCCUCAAGGUCAGACGCCCGAUAGAAUAUCAUGACCAUAUGCCACCCGCUUUGCAGAAAUGAUUUCUUACCGACAGUGAUUACAGUACUGACGAUGUUCAUGAGGCGUGCACUCACUCCGUUUGCCGAGUUGCAGUUCCACACUUACCAACACCAGCAGACUUCUACACAAUAAACUAGCUUAAAAGCGAGGUUAAACAGCUCAAUAAUUUAUUUUACAAGCGUAAGAACACACACAAACACACCCAAGUAAACACGAGUAAAAAUUAAUUUAGCCUAUAGUGAGUAUUGAUCGUAGCUUUAGGGUCCGGGGCAGAUGCACACUUGCGCAUAUAUUGCCACAGCGUUGGUGAAUAUGUAGGUAUAUCAAUAUUAUAGAAUCACGUAUUAAUCUAGUAAUUAAUCUAACACACUGGACGGAACUCGACAAAUAA